AUGAAAAAUAGUGAUCAACCAUCUUUAUUCAAUUUUGGUGUAAAAAAAAUUAAAAAUAAUGAAGAAACUGAAACUUCUAAUAAUAUAAAUGAUGCAAAAAAGUACGAGUUAUUAAAAAAUCCAUGGACACCGCCCAAAAAUUACCAAUUUCCCAUCGAACAACAAAGGCGGCUGAAAUUUCAAUUCGAUUGGUUAAUCCGUUUUCCUUGGCUUGUUUACUCCGAAAAAGUGCAAGGUGCCCUGUGUAAAUGCUGUGUACUAUUUGCCAAUAACAGUGUUGGUAAAAGGAUCCAUCAUAAAUUAGGUGCUUUGAUUAUAAAACCUUUUACAAAAUGGAAGGAUGCCAUUGAACGUUUUAAUCGUCAUUCAAACUCUGAGUAUCAUAAGCUUUCAAUCAUUCGCUCUGAAGAAUUUAUUAAAGUAAUGGAAAACAAAAAAAAUAAUAUUGCAAAUGAGAUAGAUAUUUCACGAAAAAAACAAGUCAUUGAAAAUCGAUCUAUUCUUCGUCUAAUAAUUGAAACCUUAAUUUUAUGUGGAAAACAAAAUAUUGCUUUAAGAGGUAAUAAUGACAGUGGAAAAAUAUAUGAUGAAAGUAUAGAAACAAAUGACGGGAAUUUUAGAUCUUUAUUAAGAUUUAAAUCAUUGACUGAUCCUAUUUUAGACAAACAUUUAAAAAACGCAACUUCUUUUGCAUCUUACACGAGUCCUAAUGUUCAAAAUGAAAUCAUUACUAUUUGUGUAGACGAAACACAAGACGUAUCUCGGUUAGAACAAAUGUCUUUUUGUGUACGAUACGUUGACGGUGUGUCAAACUGUAUUAUGGAAGAUUUUCUUGAAUUUUCAAUUGUUCAUGAUAUGACUGGUAAAGGAUUAUCUACUUCUAUACUUCAGUUGCUAGAGAAAUUCGGACUCGAAAAAAAAUUUCUUGUAGGACAAGGUUAUGAUGGUGCUGCAUCGAUGAGUGGGCAGUUCAAUGGCGUCCAACAAUACAUCAGAGAGGCUGUUCCACAUGCGCUUUUUGUGCAUUGCGCUUCUCAUUCUUUGAAUUUGGCUGUAGGAAGUUCAUGUAAAAUCGUAUCAAUUAGAAACUGUAUUGGAACUGUAUCUUCAGUAAUAACAUUUUUCCGAGCUUCAUCGCAAAGAACAAAAACACUGAUUGAAUCUUUACAUGUGAUUGAGAAGUUUUUUUCUUUAACUUUACCACUAUCUAUAGCACUACAAAAAGUAAAUAUUGAUUUGUCAUAUUGUUAUGAGCGAGUAACAGAUGUAUGUCAAAUAUUUAAAGAAAUUCGAGAAAAUGGCGAUGAUGAGUUUAAACAAAUAUUUUCUAAUGUAGAAGAGUCUAUGUUAGAAGGAAUUAUUGAGGUACCAAGAACUGUAGGUCGACAAACUGCACAAAUUAAAAUAUGGCUAGCUAAAUGGAAAAAUGUAUCUGAUAGAGACCGUCCAACUACAUCAUUGACUACUUUGUCUGCAAUGUCUUAUGAUUUUUUCCCAAACAUUCACAGUCUUUUGACAAUUUUGGCCACAUUACCUGUUACAACUGCUACUGCUGAACGGUCAUUCUCAACUCUACGGAGACUUAAAACAUACUUACGAAACAAUAUGGGAGAAACGAGACUUACUGGAUUGGCUUUACUAAACAUAUACCGAAAUGUUGAUUUAAAUGUAGAAGAAAUUAUCGAUAGAUUUGCAAUGUUACCACGAAAAUGGGAUUUUAUACUUUAG